AUGGCCUCCUGCCCCGCAGAGACGGAAGUAAAUUUGGAACGCGCCUACGAUCCCAUGGAUGUAGCGACAUUCACCCCGCCAGCGCCUCUUCCAUGCCCAACGAUAACGAUUGAAUUUUGUGACAGACAAUGGUAUUUGAAUUGCCACGCAUUUUGGGAUGUCGAUAUCAAGGUCGACGCCCUCACGAAACUCCAGGCACUAUUUGAGACGGGUAUCGAGGUUAAUGAUCCCGACGCGAUACUCACCGUAGUUAAAGCAAGUCUGAAAACGUCUAAUAAUCAUCUAACCGCAGCGGCUGUCUCCGUUCUCCCGGCCUUCCUUCCACUCAUUCUUUCGCACUCGGUGAACCACCAUCAUGGAGUGGCCCCCUCAGCAUCGUCUUCGACCUCGUCUACGCCCCCGUCUUCUGUAAUAGACGUGCCUUUGCUACGCCAUGUUCUGAACCAACUUCUUCCGUCAGGCGGCAUUUUGGAUCGUCUGGGGGACAAGGAGCGCGUGCAAGCCAAGGCCCGCGAGGCUUUAGUUGUUCUGGGUGGGUUUGCAUUCCGUUCUGGAGGCUCCAGCUCUCUUUCGUCACGAUCUACGAGUGGGAAAGGGGUGGAGACACCGUUGAUGAUAUUUGAAAGACAUCUGAAGGAGGGAGGGUUGAAGAGUAAGGUAUGGAAGAUCAGGGAACAAGCCAUCCUCACCCUUGUUCAAAUCCGACGCGUCCACCACCUGUUCCCUAUCCGACCGUAUUUGGCGCAUCUUGUAGACGCGCUUGAAGACACCGAUGCUCACGUCCGUGAUUGCGCUCGUCAAUCUGUCGUUGAACUUUUCACUGGCCCAGGUGUCACCGAUGCUGCUCGUGCCGAUCUCAAGAAGGAAAUGAUAAAGAAGAGCGUCCGGAAGACCAUCGUUGACAGUGUAUUGGCGAAGGUUGUGGGAGGUAACAUUGGUAACUAUCCACAGAGUGAAGAGUCAGAUGGUGGUGAAGGUGGCAACAAAACCAAAGAGUACGUUCCGCCCAGCUUGAUGUUGAUGAAUCGGCGCCCCACCGUUGGCAACGGAUUGAACUCGAGCACUCUCCAUCGAACUGCAAGUCAUGGAAGCGCGAAGGAGAUGUCAAGACCUGCUAGUCGCGCGGCUACGAAUGCAUCCCCCACACCGACAACCCCUGCUACACCCGCCAGUGAAGGACCAGAUGUGCAAGCAGUCUACAUUGCAUCCACGCGUGAUCUUGAAACAGAAUUUGCGUCCAUGCAAUCAGCUUUCGAGGGUAAAGAAACGGAACACAACUGGGCUCAGCGCGAACGGUCUAUACUGCGAGUUCGAGGUAUGCUCAAAGGGGGAGUGCACACUCGUUACAUGGACGCAUUCAUCGGUUGCUUGAAGGAGGGGUUCAUGCAAUGGUCUUUGAAAACGGUUUCAAGUCUACGUACGACGGUAUCCAUGAACACAUGCUUGCUUUAUUCCGAGCUCGCCGCCGCUCUUGAACACGUUCUCGAUCCAUUUUGCGAGUUAUUAUUGACAAAUCUACUCAAAAUGUCCAGCGUCACUAAGAAGUUAACCGCCCAGCAAUCUCAAGCCUCCGUAACAAUAAUAUUGACGAAGACAUCUGCCCAGCCUCGCUUGGUCCUUCCUCUGCUUUGGAACACUCUGCAAGAAAAGAACGUGCAGGCGCGAGGUUAUGCUAUCGAACACUUCAAGACAUACUUGGAAGUACAUGCUCAGCGUGCCAAGGUCGCCAUCGAAGCUUCCGGCGGCGCUGAAAUAUUGGAGAAAGCUAUGAAGAAGGGCCUUGUCGAUCAGAAUCCUGCGGUUAGAGACAAGGCUCGGCUCUGCUUUUGGCAGUUUUAUGAGGUCUGGAAAGAUCGAGGUGUCGUCAUUCUGGAUAAACUCGACAUGACAGCCAGGAAACAACUUGAAAAAGUGUGCCCCGUACCCGAUGCUGUUCAGCUCAUAACUCCAGUCACUACUGUGAAGAAGAGCAGUGUGGCCGCAGCUAUCGCGGCGAGUCGAGCAAAGGCAAGGGCUAUCGCCACGGCACCUCCGACACUUCGCCAUCAGGCUACAUCUGCGGCACAAAGCACUCCAGCUCGGAGACCCAGUUCCCCAAGUACAUCGCCUAGGAGUAGUAUGGCCCCUCGACCGGCAUCCCCUCUGCGGGUUUCUACCUCUGCGUCCCCUCCCCGUUCAAAAGGCACGUCGAACGGCAUGACGCGAUCCAUCACAACGGCUGCCAUCACCACGACACAUUCUCGCCAAUCCUCUUCCACAUCGGGGCGCAUGUCACCGCCUUCCCCUGUAAGUGACCCAAGCUCGGCAUUCCGUAGACGGACGUCGUCUCCCCUGGCUUCGGGCAACUCGCCCUCCCCCAAUCGCAAUUCUACGGUCCGCAGAGCCGUGCAAGUGCCACUCCCUGCGUCUCCGCCGUCGCGUUCAUCUCCAUCCUCUCGGAACCCGCAGGCCCGUCCAAUCAUCCUGAAACCUCUUCCACGACCGUCCACGACACUGUUCGAUACUCAAGAUGCUAAUGAUUCGCUUCUCCUUGCCACCAAUAUACCAAUCCCAGAAGAUGAUAGCGACGAUGGCAAUGACUCCAUCAACCUCAUCUCUUUUUCGACACCCUUUGAGGUCUAUCCUCCUGCUAGUAUGCCCACGCCGAAGUCCCAAGCACAAGAGGGACCUUCUUUCUCCCCGAAAUCCAAUGACUCUCAACAACUGUUUGGAAUAUCCAAUACGUUAUCUUCCGGCUCAGUUGAUGGCCCUCAGGGUGGUGUCGUAGUGGUCGAAGAGGCUAUACGUGCGAGGGCAGAACAAGCAGAAAGUGCCGCUGAGAGGCUACUUGAACUUGUCGAACCAGAGGAUGAGGAUAUGCCGAAUGCUGGUAUACCUGAGUCGCUGUUGAUUGGUAGUAAUGGGCACUCGACGCCCAAGAUCAAAGGGAUGAAGCCAGGACCUAUACCCAUAUCCCGAGCGACUCCCCCUUUGACCCCAAUGACGAACCGAAGUUCAGCUAUCAUGAGACAAGCGGCGCUGUUCCAGGAUAGUCCGGCGCCAAAUGGGAAGGGAACAUCGUUGAUGGGCGUCAUACAUGAUCGGAAACAUGAGACCGGGUGGUGGGUGAAGCGGAUGGCCUUGAUUCGGCACGACUCUUCAACCAUAGAAGAGCUGGGUGUUCCUAGCAAGCUCGACGAGAUUAACAGCUGCAUAUCUGCAUUCGAAUCAGGCAACUGCGACAUAGCACAGCUGAAACGCAUCGCUAUGGUUUGUCGGAGAAAUCCAGUAGCGGAGCCGCCAAUUUCUCCCUUCGAAUUUGCCUCGCCCACUAGCCCGUCGCCAUUCUUGACACCCGCCAACUCUGUGCCAUCCCUCCAAAUCGAGAUAUGGGAUAAGGAUAAGAAUUUUGAGCGCUUGUUCAAUGCUUUAAUGGCAUUUAUAAGCCCAGAGAAGAACGACGAGGAGAUAGAAUAUGGCCUUAUCGUUCUCUGGGAGAUGAUGGAGCAUCAAGCGUCCUACUUAGAAGGGCGCGAGGCUGAUAUGUUCUCUGUCUUGUUGAGAGUGCGGUAUUGUCAGAAGCCUAACGUCCUAUCGGCGACGAAUACUAUUAGAGAUGCGCUGGCCGCUCGCAUCGAACCCGUGUAUGGUCUUACGACAAUGCACGCCAAUCUUCGCACUUUCCUCGCGGAUCCAUAUCCCGAAUUCUCGACUGCGGAGGUCAGGGCGGCCACCUACGCUUUCGGGUUGAUCGCUUUGGGGAAAUUCAUACUAAGACUCCCUUCGGAAAUUGCUGAAGAGGAACUGCCACGAUUAAAGGAUACAUUGAUAACUGCUUUAAACAAUAAAUCCUCACUAGUAGUGCGCGAAUCUGCCGCCGCCACGAUCAUCGCCGCACAGCUCGUCUUACGCGACGAAGCUCAUUUAUUCAUGCUGCUGGACGGACUGGCCGAUGAGAAGAAGAACCUCCUAACGUAUCUUUUUGACAAGCACGGCGUACGAGGCCUGCCGGCCCAAGCUAAUGAAGUCUCUCAAGGCCCCAGUGGCGUCGACAAACUGGAGAAAGAAAUGCGCAGAUUAGAUACGCGCAUGAACACUCCUCCGAGAGUAUGA